AUGGGUGCCUCGUCGUCGGUCGGGAAGCCAUCCCAGGAGCUGCAGGAAGAGGAGUCGCUGGCGGCGUCCACGGGGUCCCUCCCCAUGCUUCAGAGCGUUUUUGCCGAACUCUCCCUUCCCGAAACGAGGGCUAUUCCUCUUAAAUCCCUCCAGGUAAUCAGAUAAUUAUCCAGAAACGUACCCAUCAGUCAUUGUUUUGGAAGAACUUUUUCGUGAGCUGAAUUGUCACGUCACGAGCGAUUUGGUGUUCUCGUGCGAUUACGCAUCUAUACCUUUCUAGGAUCCUGGUGAAGGUUGUCAGUCGCUUGGGUUUCUUGAUAAUGAGUUAUGUCUGUCUUCUUGUUUGUCAUUUAAGACUAGGUCUCACUACUUAGUCUUCGUCAUAUAGUAGAUAAUUAGUCAGUUUAAUUUCAUAUCCAUCCUUAAAGAGAGAUGUCAUGAACUCAAAGGAUCUCGACGGUGAAAGGGAAUCAGUUUAUUAUGAUGAACAUUUCUUUUUAAUCAACCUGCCGGUUGGGAAGUCCGGGAUUUUUGUCCAAAGUACAAAAGGACGAUGUAUUCCAUCGUCAGAAAACGUACAGUUGUCAACUCACAGGAUAGCAGUAUGUUUUCCUAGUAGUCGUCAACUUUAAUGCAUUUUUACUUACUAUUUUUUUACUCCUCUCUUAUUACACUUGUUGUGUUCUCACAGCAAUCGGUCCAAUAUUCAUUUUUUAGGAGACAUUUUCCCUACGCAUCGAGAAUUUGCAAACAGAAGUAUCUCCUAUGCCUGAACACUUUCAGGAAAUGUUGGUUAAUCUUGGCCCGUGUAUUGUUGAUCUCUUCUUCAACACAGGUAAGGAAGAUGUCGACUGGGUUGGUUUCUUGAAAGGUUACAACAGAUGCUGUGGAAGGAUGCCAUUGUCAGCAUCAAUUCAUAAUUUGUACAAAUUGUACUCUGAUUUAGGGAGAGAAGUUGGCAUUGGGUCAGGGAUUGCUUUUGAUCAUGAUACGGAUGUUGGUAAAAUCACUGGAAAUGUGAAAUUGAGUGAUGUGCUCAUGCUUCUUUGGUUGUGUUGGAUCAUGGCACAGGGCACUAAGAUUUCGAAAUAUUGCAAACAGUCAGCUUACAUUCUCCCUGAUGUAUAUCAUUUGAUAGCUUCAGCAUAUAUAUGUUCUCAUGAAACUGAUGGGUUGCCAAAUUCUCGAGAUGAUCAGCCUUUGGAAUUAGAAAAGCAGAUUUCUAUGCCAAAGCUUCACAUGUGGAUCCUAGCGACGAUCCCAGGCCUUUCACAUUGCUUGACACAAUAUGUUCAGGACAGAUUUCGUGCCUGCGUAACAUCAAAGGUAAAUCCUUCCUUUUGAGCAUUAGUGGGAACUUUGUUUAUGAUCUGUAGCAUGUUUUUUUUAGUUGUAACGUUAUGAAUUUUAGUGCUGGAAUUUUUGAUCCUUUGGAUUCACGAUCAAUUCGUUGUGCAAAAUCUUGAUGAUUGGUCGUAAGAAAUUUCAUUAUUUUUUCAUUUUAUUACAUUAAAAAAAAAACUGUUAUGCAACUGCCUUGGUUGAUCUGAUUCUGCAAGUUUCUUCGGAAAUAUAAUUAACUUAAAAUAAUUAUGUAUUUCUAUUUUGUAGCUGAACUAUGUCAAAUUCAAAUUCUAGUAUUAGGAUUUGUGACAUGAGUUUAAGGUGCAAAAAUAUUAGUAAUCUAGUUUGAAAAAAAAAAUUCCUAAGGGCUGUAGACGGAAUUUCUAUCCCACAAUGCUGUCUCGCUUUAUAUCGAUCCUUUUGAAGAAAGAUAUCCUGAGAUUCUUCAGAGUAUUUCAUUCUUUAUAAAUAUGUACAGGAUGACGUGGACUCCUCAUCUUCAUUGAUUGGUGAGAGUUCUUCCGUCAAUGUUCAUGAGAACUGUCUUUUGACAUGCGGAAGGGCCUGGGCAAUCUCACUUACAUUCCGAGAUACUGUGAAUGAAGAGCUUUCUCGAGCAUGCUUUCCCAGAAAAUCCACUGGAGCAUUUGAUAAUCUCCUGUACAGGUUUGUCAGCAUAACUUUGUGACCUUUUCAUUCGGCCAACCUACUACCCUCAACAUUUGGAUCAAUCUAAAUGUUGGGGGUUUAUUACCUGUAUGUUCUCGUCGAAAUUCCACUUAAAACGUGUACAUGAUCAUCGAAUGAAAUAUUUUUCCUGCUAUUUGCCCUUGUAUUGUUGCUGAACACAUAUGAGAAGUGUGUUUUCAGUAAGGAUUUCUUUUCCCUUUGGCAAACAGACCGCUUAAAAUUUGAAGUUUUUCAGUUUCAGAUUCUCUCCAUACUACUUUUUUAGCCUGAGGAAUUUGCAUUUUCCGAGCCAACGAUCUCGCGUUUAUUAGUUUAUGGUUUCCUAUAAGACCAUCUCUUUUAGAUUUUGUUCUUCAAACCUGAAAAAAGAAUGAAAUCAGGUUGGCCAGUGUGUUCCUAGCAGCUUCUGAUUCACUGUCACAUGGGGGUGUGUUGCUUACUGAAAUUGAGAUAGGAAUCAUGCAAUUAUGGGUGAAAGGAAACUAGUAACACAGGUUAGUUUCAUGCGCAACCUUCUUCGAGGCUGUCACCCCCUUUGUCAUGGUGAUGUGAUAUCUGGCCGCCCUGUCCUUCUUUGUCCCUUGGAGGCUAGACUAAAUCAUCUUCAUCUUUUCGUGGGAAAUAUAAUAAUCUUAGUUCGGACUAUUGUAUGUAAAUUUUCUUAAUGACCUUCAAAGAUUUCCCACGCUCAAUGCCUCUUGGGAGCAUUCCAUCUCUGGGGAUACAUAAAUAUGGUUUCAAAUCACAUUUAUUGAUUCCUUGUCCAAUGAAGUCCUUACAGGCUUCUACUCCCACCGAACAGAUCUCAAAAUCGACCUCACAGGCUGCCACUGUUUAUACAAUGCAAAAAAAAAAAAACCUAAUAUUUUCUCCACUAGAAAAAAAUCACUUAUACAGACGAACUCAGCACAUGUUUGCCGCCAUCAACAAGUUUCCAAGCACUUUGUGGAUGUUUUACAAUUAUUUUUUGUCCGAGGAACUCUCUGAUAUUAUUCUCCAUUCUUUUAACAGUUGAGGGAUGUUAGAGUAAGACAAGUUAAAAAAUCUCACGGCAGAAGACGGUUCAUAGGGAGUGCCUCGAGAGAUCAUAUGUUCUUCGAUGUCCUCCCAAAUACCAUUCCUGCAUCCGAUUCUUUGUUGAUUUAUUAUUAUGCUUUCUAGAAGAAGGGUUAAUCAGAGUAAACCCCCCCUUUUCAGCAGCCUUCGACGGCUUUUCUGCCAUUGCAUUGGAUCUUUAUUAGAAUAAACGGGAAGAACUUCGACAUGCAGGUCAUCUUUUCACGGAAAGGGACUAAGCAGAUUCUGGUCUAACGUGGAAGGUUACCAAGGGCCGGUGCUGCUUGUCCUAGCAGCAAAACCUGCGGAUGCUGCUGAUGGUGAAAGCAGUCAAGGAAAUCAUGUUAUUGGCGUCUUUACUGCACAAGGAUUUGAGAACGGGGAUGCAUUUUAUGGGGAGCCCGGAUAUCUCUAUGCACUGAGCCCAGUCUUCCGCAUCUUUUCUCACUCUGGUUGGCAUCCAGACAAAGUAGCUUUCUUCUUUUCCUUUCAAAAAUAUUCUUCAUCUCUGCUGACACUGCGCUGACGCUGAACAGGGAAAGACAAGAACUUUGUUUACUCUCGCCUGCAUCCUUCUGUGAGACAUUAUGAUCCCCACCCAAAACCCAUCGGCUUGGGAUUUGGGGGAUCGGUGGGCAACGAGAGGAUUUUCAUCGAUGAAGAUUUUUCCAGAGUUACAGUCCGGCACCAUGCAGUCGACAGAACAUACAAGCCCGGCCCUCUCUUUCCCAAUCAGGUAAAAGAAAAAAGAAAAAAAAAAGAAGGGAUGAUCUUGGAUUAAAUUAUGGGCAGGCUUCCAAAAUUUCUUGCCGUUGAUCAUGCCACCUCAAUCUACAGGGUUUCCUCCCCAGUGAAGCUUUCGUCCUGGAGAUCGAGGCAUGGGGUCUGGGUGGAAGAGCGGCCAGGGAGCAACAGGAAGCGUACAAGAGAAGAGAGCAGCUUUUCUCAGAGCAACGCCGCAAGGUUGGCCCUCGCCAUUGGAUUGCCGAUUCUCAUGUAUUUAGUUCUCGGAAAUUCAAUGGAUUGACGGAGGGUCAGAGCUCAUUGGAGAACUUUGACUUUAUUGCGCAGGUUGACUUGAAGACUUUUGCUGCUUGGGACGACUCUCCAGAGAAGAUGAUGAUGGACAUGAUCACCGACCCGAACAGAGUCCAACGCGAAGACCGCUAG